UCUGUCAGUGGCUACUCAUUAUGACCAACUCUACCAUUCGUAUCGGUUACGUGCCUGAACAUUUCUCGACCCCACUGUACAUUGCCCGAGAUCAAGGGUUCUUUGACGAACAGAAUGUGUCUGUGGAACUUGUUUGCUGUCCAGGUAUGUCUGCCAAUGAAAAAAAAAGCAGGCUGUCAGCAAUAAAAAGGAACUGACAUUUUGUCAUUACAUGGAUAGGCGGCACGGGUGAA